AUGCCGGGCCUUACACCCUCUAACGUGAUCAUAAUUCACCCCGAUCUAGGUAUUGGUGGUGCGGAACGGCUGAUCAUCGACGUUGCGCUGGCCCUGCAGAAUCGCGGCCACCGAGUGACAAUCUACACCUCCCAUCGCGACAAGUCGCAUUGCUUUGACGAGGCGCGCGAUGGCACUCUUGAUGUUCGUGUGCGUGGGAACACGAUAUUUCCGGCCCAUAUCUUUGGGAGGUUCCAUAUCCUCAUGGCAUCGCUGCGCCAGCUCCACCUGACCGCAUCCCUGCUGACGGAGCUUGGAUCGAGGGGUAAAUCAAAGGCGCAAGAUAAGGCCGCCCCUGGUGAGGAAGAUCAGGACGAUAUUUUCAUUGUGGACCAACUUCCAGCAUGUGUACCUAUCCUGAAGAGCUUUGCGCAACCUCGCAAGUCUCGACGCCAACGGAUUCUCUUCUACUGCCAUUUCCCUGAUCAAUUGCUUGCGCGGCGAAACGAAGGCGGCUCCCUAUUGCGACUCGCAAAGGUUCUAUACCGAUUCCCUUUCGACUGGUUUGAAGGAUGGGCGAUGAGCGCUUCGGACCGGGUUGUCGCCAACUCGAAUUUCUCGCGCGGAGUGCUUCGUGGUGUUUUCGGGCCCGACAAGCUCGGGGAUGUGGAGGUUGUAUACCCAUGUGUCGAUACAAAUGCCGGAAAGAAUACACCCGAGAAAGAGCCGGAAGAGGCUCUUUGGGAUGGAAAGAAGAUAUUGUUGAGCAUCAAUCGCUUCGAGCGAAAGAAGGAUAUGGGGCUGGCGAUUCGCGCUUAUAAUGGUCUGGGCGAGGGAAAGAGGAAGGGAACACGGUUGGUGAUUGCUGGUGGAUAUGACAACCGCGUCCAAGAGAAUGUCCAAUAUCACCAAGAGCUCGACAAUCUCGCAAAGGACCUCGGCUUACGAACUGCGACGACGAAGACGGUAGUCUCUGCGCUCUCAAUCCCCGACGAUAUCGAUGUCUUGUUCCUCCUCUCCGUUCCCACCACCUUUAAAAAUACAUUGCUCGCUCAGUCAAAACUCCUGCUAUACACCCCGAUCAACGAGCACUUUGGUAUCGUACCCGUUGAGGCCAUGCUUGCAGGACUUCCCGUGCUAGCAUCAAACACCGGCGGUCCAUUGGAGACCAUUGUUGAAGGCGAAACGGGCUGGCUCCGUGACGCUCACGCGGUUCAGGAAUGGACCGCUGUUAUGGACAAGGUUCUCUAUGGUAUGUCCCAGCAGGAAGUAGACCGGAUGGCGGCUGCUGGCAAAGCAAGAGCAGAGCGAGAAUUCUCACUUACUGCCCUGGAGGAUCGACUGGAGGAGGAAAUCUCGACUAUGUUGUCGGUUGAGAGGCGUCCUUUCCACGGAUGGCAACAAAUAUUUGUCGCGCUCGCCGUUUGUGGGUCUUUCCUUGCAGUGGUGAUUGCUUUCUUGCUUCGCAGCGUGUAUUUUAUCUGA